CGAGCCGAGCCACGCGUGUUUUUUUACGGUAGGACAGUUUUGCUGGUUAAGGAGAACGUAACCCUGAGUAUCCCUGUAAGAAGAUACUGCAAGCUGUGGGAUAAAAUACUUGUUUAUCCUUUCUUACAUCGGAGUCCCGUGGACGGUUUCUCCUUCUAAUGCACACGAGUGAAGUCCGGGCAGUGGUUGAACUUCGACCCCCACGUCCGUAGGAAACACCGCUCCCGCUGGAGGACUGGACGUUUGUCGAAGGGUUUGAAACCAAAAUAAAUGAUGCUCCGCUUGGCGGCAGGUCACAUGAGGGGCGCCCUGGCGAGGCGCGUGCCCGUGGCUCCGGUCAACACCAGCCUGAGAGCAAAGCACGACCACGGUCACGAGGUGACAGAGGUGGUGGACAUGUCUCGUCCUCUGUACUGGGACCGUUUGGACAUCCCUCUGCCGGACAAACCCUACAAAGAUGCCCUGAGUGACACGGAAAAGAGCCUGAAGCAGAAGGAGAAGGGGCCGUGGACCCAGCUUUCCAAAGAGGAGAAGAUCGCCUUGUACAGACUGAUGUUCUGCCGAACCUACCCGGAGAUGAAGCAGACCACACAGGAGUGGAAGACUGUCAUCGGGGGGGUCCUUAUUUUCCUUGGAUUUACUGGCCUGAUCGUCAUCUGGCAGGCACACUACGUCUACCCAGCCCAUCCUAGGACCUUCGAUGAAGAGUGGCAGGCCAAGCAGUUGAAAAGGAUGCUGGACAUGAGGGUCAACCCUAUUGAGGGCUUUGCUGCUAAAUGGGACUACGAGAAGGGCCAAUGGAAGUAGAGAGGAGGUGGGCCCACAGGUGGAGUGGCAUGGAGCUGGGCCUAUCACCUGUCAACGCAUGCCUACGUGUUGGACUGUGUGACGUAACCAUUUUAAGUUUCCCUCAGGGGCAAGUCUAGGAUCAGCUCGAGCGUUGUAUUAUAAGUGUAAAAUCACUAGGGUAGCCAUCUAAGACCAAGUCAGGGUAACUUAACUUCACCGCCGGCUUGAUGGAGAGAGUCUGUCGUCCCACCACAGCUGUGUCCUGUCAUGGUGAUAAGCGUCCAUCCUGUUAUAAUUACCCAAUAAACAGUUGUGCUUACUC